AUUACGCAUGCGUUAAAAUUAUCAAAAUGGCCGCUUAAAAAAUGUCAACAAGGGAUUGAAGGGAGCGACAUGCUGUGUUUCUUGCUUGUUUCAGUAACAUAAUUAAUGAAAAUGGAUGCGACUGAUACUAUUAUUGAUCCUCAUGCAGAAGUUAAAAAGCUUCAAGACUUAGUUAAGAAAUUAGAGAAACAAAAUGAGUUCUUGAGGGGUCGACAAAAAAUACAGCUCGAGUCACUACAGAAUGGUGAAACAGAACCAGGAAAACUGACUACAAAUCAUAACAAUAAUUUACCAGAUAAUAAUGAUAAAACGUGGAGUAAAAAUACAGGUGGAGGGUCUCUUGAAGAUAUAGACGUACUGGACGUAGAUGGCCUUUCAAUACGAGAUGACGAGGACUCAUGGUUAUACACGUCUCCUAAACCUCCUACACCUCAGCAGAACCGAGUUAGUCCGUAUAAAUGGGUUAGACAAGAUUUUGACCAUCCUAGUCCGGAAGUUAAAUCAGUGAAGAAAUCUCUAUUAAAUAAACUUGAUGAAGCAGCGAGAAUGUCUAGGAGUAGUAGUACCCCGACUUUCGGAAUGUACUCCACCCCUACAUCCUCUAGACCCAGGAUGAGUCAGUCUGCAGAGAGUACCCCAGUGUCUAGUCAGACAUCAGCUGUCAGGAAGUCACUCUACUCUAAUGCAGGUGGCUCAACUGGGAAAAUAAACACUGGAACCUUUACUCGACCAAAGGCAAAAGUAAAAACUGAUGAAGGGGAUAAGCCGUCAGAAAAUUCAGAAAAACACUACGAUGUUACAGAUAUUGAAAAUCUGGCAAAACAACAGGAAGAGAGUUUACGACAAAGUAUGACACAUUCUUCUCCAAGAAGAGUUAUUCGCCCUAGACAAAUUCCUCAACAAGGAGUGCAAGCUUUAAACAAUAUAAACAAUAAUAUUGAAGUAGAAAACACGGCCUCCCCGGUAAACUCCAAUCGGUCCAGUCCCUCUCGUGGUGAGGGUGAUAGGAGGAAUAGCCAGAACAGUAUUGGAUCUGAUGUCAGUAGUCCUCCAGACAGUCCUUAUAGCAGCCAGUACCUCAACCAGCCCCAAGAGAAUACCAACCUCCGUAGAAGCUUACCAAAUGUUUCUCAGAGACUGACACAACCCCAGGGUCACCAUGCCAGCGACCCUUACCUAGACAACUACUCCUCAGGGGGCAGUGACGAUUAUGAUGUAGGCCCUACACCAGCCCAACAAAGACAGAUAUCUCGACUUCAGCCUCCAAUGAGGCCAACUUCCCCGAACGUGUCUGGGUUACGGCAGCCUAGCACCCCCAUCCAGCGGGGGCUGUCCCCUCAGAGGACUGGUCUUCCACAACCAAUGCGGCGGUCCAUUCCUCGGCCGGACUCCGCCGUCAAGUCCAGCAUACCCUCACCAAGAAGGUCUGCCCUUCCUUCACCUCGUCGAUCAAAUCAGUACAGAGCUCCAGAUAGUGAUGACAGCUGGAAAGAGGGCUGUUUUUAAUGGCAAAAUACAUAUAUAUCUUUUCCUGUUUCUUGUUCUAUCUGUGAUUCGGAGGCUUAAGUUAUUGAUUUUUGUGAAGAAGACAUUUUGUGACUGGUCACAGCUUUUGUGACAUGCAGGAGAGUUUUAAAAGAAGAGGUGGACCGCUCAUUUGUCUCAAGAAAAGUUUAGACAUGGAUUUUACUGAUAUUAAGUUGAUCUCUGUCUGACAGAGCUGUUAGAAGGUUGAAAUCCUUAUAUUGUACUUAAUAUAAAUGUAUUCUGAUCUAACAUGUCAAUUCCAUUAAUCGCUUUAAUCAGUUUGUGGUUGUUUGUUGCUGCUAUUUUUGUCACUGGGAGGGAGAAAUGUGUAUCUGUGAGAUCUCAUUUAUAUGUAAUAUGAAGACUAUCAUUGUUGGUGAACUAAGAUGGUUUUGGUGCCUGUUGAAUAUUCUGUGAUAAUAUGAACAGUUUUUUUAAAAGCAUGAACAUAUUUUUUUUUUUCAACAAGGCAUCAUAUUGAUUUACAGUGUAUUUGAGAUGCAGGUUUUAUUUUUUACUGUAUUUCCUUUGGUGCAUUUGGUUUUAAUUUUCAACCCCUCUGUUGAAGGUUAUUUUCAAAACUUUGUACCAAUGUAAAAUGUUUUUUUUUUUUAUUAUAUAUUCAAAAUCUUAUUUCAAUAAUUGUGAAGAUUCAGUGUUUUUCUCUUCAUUUUUAUAUAUUAUAAUAGGCUAGGGAACAAAAUAUUUGUGGGCCUUACUACAAUUACAUGUGUGCAUAUGAAAUUUUGAUUUCUAUGUGGCAUUUAUAUAAAUUGAAAUGGCCAAUUUGGCUGGUGGUUGGACUUACGGAAAACAUGGAAGAUUUUGAGGUUUGUUAAUUAACUGCAUUAGGAAAAGUCCUAGAACUUUCAAGACCAUUAAUGGCUACAAGUAUUUUGAUGUACAAUUUUUUUGUCAGAAAAUAAUCUGACACAUGAACAAUACAGUUGAAAUGCAUAUUAAACUUGUACUUCCUGAAAGAACAAAUUUCUAGGAUUUUAUUGAACAAUUGUUCAUCUUAUUAUAAAUAGAUAUUUAUUUUUUAAUUGCUCAGACUGAAUGUAUUAAUUUAAGGAGAUCACAAACAUUAGAGGAAAGUUACACAUAUUUAUCCAUAGCCUAGUCAAUGUGGAGCAUUUUUAAAUUGUACAUGUACAUUAAUACAUGAACCUUGUGUAAACAUAGAGAGACAUUGAAGAGAGAUGUUCACUUUUAUAUCAGUCACCAUCACUGUGUCAGUUUACAUAUACAUCCUUAUUUAUGAGUUGUCAUUAUUUUAACACCUUAAUUUUAUUUAUUCUAUAGUUCACCCACACAAAUGUAUCUACAAAAAUACAUUUACAUCCAUAUCUGUUAGAGGGAUUAUUUGAUCAAAGGUAAAUACUACAGAAAAGAAAUAUAUCAAUAUCAGAGCACAGUGUUUCCUUUUAAAAAAGAUAAUUUCAGGUGUUUUAGAGGGCUUAUUUUGUAUCAAAAUCAUUUGAAUGAAUUUUGCCUUUUAUAAAGCUGAAUGCAAUCUGGUGAAGUAUGGGAGUUUGGUCUUGGUUGUUUGUACUUGCAAUGCAAGUUUGUCAUGUUAUGAUUGCUUUUAAUAUAUAAUUUAUUUUGUGUCAUUUCAAAAAAUGCAAUAGCUUCAUUCCAGCUGGAAAGUGAAUAGAAAUAAAUGAAAUGAG